CCUCCCUGAGUAGCUGAGAUUACAGGUGCACGCCACCAUGCUCGGCAUCCUUCUAUAUUUAUUUAUUGGAAUUCAACUGCAAGGAAGAAUGAUCCUUUCAUUCCUACUUACUAACGUAUUGGUGGUUUGUAUCAGCAUGAACUUAUUAGUGAAUUUUGUUCUUUGGGCUACAAUCCCAUACUAUCAUUAUUCAUUUUGUUGUUCGAAUGAUUUCAGUUAUAGCAAGCCAUAAUUUGUUUAGUCUGUUCUACUUGCUGUUUUCUUUUCUUUCAGUGUGAUAUUCGAAAAGGGAUCCAAAAGGUCAGCAGGUUCCUGACUCCUGCAGUUAAACAGAACUACAUCUCUUAAUUUAAAGGUCUGCAGAGGAGAACCCACCACUUCCUUUGCCACCUUGAUGUUGCUCAGAAAUGUUUAUUCCACUCCUUGUAGAGUCAAACAAUUUUUGGAAGAGCAUAUCAUGGCGUACUGUCAUUUAAACAUACCUGGGAUGAACUUGGUAUGAACCAGACCUCCUAGGCCUGCUUUUUGCGUGGCUCACUUCAUUUUAUACAGUCCUGUUGUGGGAAGCGCAGCCUUCAGUAUCCUCACUAACAAUCUCUAGUGAGUCUUAAAACUUAUGCAGUCUCUUGAGUAAGAACUCUUGAAUACUAAUUCUGGUGUUACUUGUUUUCAGGUUUCUUGACUUUGCACCCAGCAGACCAAAGGAUGAUGGCAACGUGAGGUAGAUGCCAGGCUAGUCACGCCUGUUUUGUGUGGAACCCCAGACAGGAAGUUGUGAGGGACUGUCACCAACAUUUAUCUACCAGUGUUCUCAAGCUUUUUGUUGUUGUUGUUUAACUUUUGUCAACCUAAGCAGGACAAAAAACCUACCAUAGCCGUUCCCACUUUAUAGGGGAAAAAGAAAUUGGGGAUAACAAAGAUUUGGAGAGGAAUUAAAUAGGAGUCAACAUGUGGUAACAUGGCAGCAGUUAUGUAAAAACAAAAGAGUUGGUAAGUAAAGCCAACAUUCCUUAAUACAAGAGCAGCAACUUAACAGCCAACUCAGGAUAAGCCUGAUGAUGUCCUUAUCACUGACAGUCUUUCCUGGAAACUGGGAAUUGCAACCGUUUGCAUAUAUGAGGACACAGAAGGGGCUGUGCAACAUUGCCAAAGGCUGAAUGGUAUCUGAGAAAAAACGAGUUAUCUGGUAAUUUUAGAUUACAAAUGCCAAAGUUUAUAAUGCAUAAUAGGCCAUUAGUAAGUACCACUCAAGGAUGAGUAAAAAUGGAAGUCAAGAGCACUGCUUUGAAGAUGGUCUUUUUUUACGCGAGUUUGUAGGCUGUCUCAGGACCCUUUUGGUUUAUGGCUUUAGAUGGCUCAAUCUAACAGAUGAAAGCUUGAAAGGGGAGAGGAACAGGGGCAGCUGAAACAUAAGAAUAAUUUCCAAGAAGCUUGUGGGAGGCUCUCCAGGUGUUCCCAGGCAGUGUUUCCUGCCCCUGCCCCUGCCUCAUGCCCUUAAGUCAGAUGAGGGAUGCAGGAAAUGGAAACUACCUUAGACCCUUCGAUUCAUCUUUCUUUCCACACCUCUCUGUCAUCUCAAGAUGUCUGUGUCACCUCACUCACCCAUUGCCCCAUCCCCUCCCUAACUCACUCUCUCACAGUCUGGCCAGAGCCCAGCUUAGCUCAGGGGUUCCCAGUCCUGUCUCCCUCAGGAAGACUUCCCUGCUCACUGCUACCAUUUACAGUGAGUCACCAUCUCCUGACAUCUCAAGCUGGACAGUCGCCUGUGUAGGACUCAGACCCCACACUCCCCGGUGUCAAGGUCUAAGCAGGUUUCCUGCAUGCACUGUGCUUCGGCACGUGGCUGAGGUGGGGCUCUGCCCUGUCCUAGACUCCAGGCUGAAGGAGCUGCUCUCACAGCCGCCUGUGUGGGCUGUUCCUGCAGAAAAACGGAGCUCCCUGGUGACCUGUGCCUCGUGCUCACUGCCAGCUCCUUCACUGAUGACAACUUUAGGGCUUUGCUUUAUUUUAAACUUUGGCACUUCCUUUUCUCUACUGAUUUAAAAAAUAUUUUAAAAUUAUAGCAUAUUAUUUAAAAAUCCAAACAAUAUUGAUAAAGUGGGGAAAAAAACUCCCUUACUGCCAUCUCCUGAUGUCAGUUCCACUCUACAAAAAUAACUACUAUUAACCAUUUAGUGAAAAUUUUUUUCAGACUUCUGUGUGUAUAAAUGUCUGUGUAUGUUUGGGAAGUUUUUCUGACAUCUCCGAGUUCUGUAUCUAUGUAUCUUUUGUUCUAAAUCAUCGUCCAUUCCACAUUGCAAGCUGCAAAACGGUAAGAUAAAUGUAUUUUUAAAUUAAUCUACACAGCACCUGACCAAAGGAACACCUAUUCUUGAUGGAUUUAUAGGAGCACUUGUGUUGGAGACAGGGGUGGGAGGCAGGAUCCCUCCAGAGAGACCCCGAGCUCACCAGGUGGGAAGUGCACAUGAGCUCCAGGGAAGAGACCAUGCUUCAUAAGCUCACUAGCAACUGGCCCGACCUGCCAGGAUAAUUCUCCCCGACUGGACCUCUGGCGGCAACUUCAGUAAGAAAAUAUGCUUCUGACAUUUAUGUGUGCAAAUGCCAAGAUUAUAUACUACUUUCUUGACUUUCUGCAACUUGGGUGGCUGUUGACUUAAGUGACAAUGUGAUUUGGAAAGAGAGAGCCCUAGAUUGAGAGGAAAGACAAUUGGAUUUAGCUCCAAGAAAAAUCGGAUUUAACUCUGAGAAAAGAGAACAAUGAUCAACUCUUUGACAGGACUGAAAGAAGAAAAAAAUUUGAGUACCUGUUAUUCUAUUAAGGUAAAUUCCUGCAAGGGCAAUUGGUGGCUUUGAGGACAUGUGAAAUCCCAUCCUUUCCACGUGUCCCAGCAUAGAGAGUAAAGAGACGGAAGCACGUGCUAAUCCCGGUGGGAUGGAUAGCAGGGCCUCAGGCACAGCCAGUAAUGGAGAGACAAAGCCAGUGUGUCCAGACAUGGAAAAGAAGGAGGAAGAUGGCACCCUGGAGCGGGGGCACUGGAACAACAAGAUGGAGUUUGUGCUGUCAGUGGCCGGGGAGAUCAUUGGGCUGGGCAACGUCUGGAGGUUUCCCUAUCUCUGCUACAAAAAUGGGGGAGGUGCCUUCUUCAUCCCCUACCUCGUCUUCCUCUUUACCUGUGGCAUUCCUGUCUUCCUUCUGGAGACAGCGCUAGGCCAGUACACUAGCCAGGGAGGCAUCACAGCCUGGAGGAAGAUCUGCCCCAUCUUUGAGGGCAUUGGCUACGCCUCCCAGAUGAUCGUCAUCCUCCUCAACGUCUACUACAUCAUUGUAUUGGCCUGGGCCCUGUUCUACCUCUUCAGCAGCUUCACCAUCGACCUGCCCUGGGGCGGCUGCCACCAUGAGUGGAACACAGAACACUGUGUGGAGUUCCAGAAGACCAACGGCUCCCUGAAUGGUACCUCUGAGAACGCCACCUCUCCCGUCAUCGAGUUCUGGGAGCGGCGGGUCUUGAAGAUCUCUGAUGGGAUCCAGCACCUGGGGGCCCUGCGCUGGGAGCUGGCUCUGUGCCUCCUGCUGGCCUGGGUCAUCUGCUACUUCUGCAUCUGGAAGGGGGUCAAGUCCACAGGCAAGGUGGUGUACUUCACGGCCACAUUUCCUUACCUCAUGCUGGUGGUCCUGUUAAUUCGAGGGGUGACGUUGCCUGGGGCAGCCCAAGGAAUUCAGUUUUACCUGUACCCAAACCUCACGCGUCUGUGGGACCCCCAGGUGUGGAUGGAUGCGGGCACCCAGAUCUUCUUCUCCUUCGCCAUCUGUCUUGGGUGCCUGACAGCCCUGGGCAGCUACAACAAAUACCACAACAACUGCUACAGGGACUGCCUCGCCCUCUGCUUCCUCAACAGCGGCACCAGCUUUGUGGCCGGCUUCGCCAUCUUCUCCAUCCUGGGCUUCAUGUCCCAGGAGCAGGGGGUGCCCAUUUCUGAGGUGGCCGAGUCUGGCCCUGGCCUGGCUUUCAUCGCUUACCCGCGGGCCGUGGUGAUGCUGCCCUUCUCUCCUCUCUGGGCCUGCUGUUUCUUCUUCAUGGUCGUUCUCCUGGGACUGGAUAGUCAGUUUGUGUGUGUAGAAAGCCUGGUGACAGCGCUGGUGGACAUGUACCCUCGCGUGUUCCGCAAGAAGAACCGGAGGGAAGUCCUCAUCCUUGGAGUAUCUGUCGUCUCCUUCCUUGUAGGGCUGGUCAUGCUCACGGAGGGCGGAAUGUAUGUGUUCCAGCUCUUCGACUACUAUGCCGCCAGUGGCAUGUGUCUCCUGUUCGUGGCCAUCUUUGAGUCCCUCUGUGUGGCUUGGGUUUACGGAGCCAGACGUUUCUACGACAACAUCGAAGACAUGAUUGGGUACAGGCCGUGGCCUCUUAUCAAAUACUGUUGGCUGUUCCUCACGCCAGCUGUGUGCACAGCCACCUUCCUCUUCUCCCUGAUCAAGUACACUCCGCUGACCUACAACAAGAAAUACACGUACCCGUGGUGGGGCGAUGCCCUGGGCUGGCUCCUGGCUCUCUCCUCCAUGGUCUGCAUUCCUGCCUGGAGCCUCUACAGACUUGGCACCCUCAAGGGCCCCUUCAGAGAGCCGCCUCCGCGCUCCCUGCAGAGAAUCCGUCAGCUCAUGUGCCCAGCCGAGGACCUGCCCCAGCGGAACCCAGCAGGACCCUCGGCUCCCGCCACCCCCAGGACCUCGCUGCUCAGACUCACAGAGCUAGAGUCUCACUGUUAGGGGCAGGCCCUGGGAUGGUGCCUGUGAGCCUGGCCGUGGGGAUGGCUGCAGAGGGGACAGGGCAGAAGCAGCCGCAUGUGCUUCCCUGCCCCGCACCUAGAGUGGAUAAGACAAAAGGGGUGUUUUGGAAUCCACCUGCCGAGCUGGAGGCCUCCCACUCCAACUUUUCAGCUCGGGAGUUACUGAACAGAUGUGCAAGGCCAGUGCCAAGAGUGCCCCUUUGAGACCCUUGGGAAGCUGGGUGGGGGCUGGUGGGUGGGGCGAGACUGUUGCUGGCUUCGAGCCCCCUCACCCUUCAUUCCAUUAAAUCCACAUUCUUCCCGCUGA